ACCUCUUUUUUGUUAUUUCACCAUGACCAAACACUGGUUAGUAGCUCUCUUAGCAGUUUUGUUUUUGACUAAAGCAGGUAUCUGUGGGACCAGUGGUGAAAACCAACUGGGAUCCUGCAGGAUUGUGUGUGACCCCUCCACAGACCGCUCAACUGACCGUAGCAAUGGCUUGGUUAUCCCUCUUGCCUCUUCUGGAGUUGGACCUCCUGGUCCAGCGGGGCCUCCAGGUAAAACAGGCCCUCCCGGCUUACCUGGACCUAUGGGUAAGAGCGGCAUAACAAAUGGAGGUGUGGCAUUUUACGCUUCAAUGAAGGAUGAAUUCGAAAACAAUGCAGUGCUGAAAUUUACUGAUGUGAUAACUAAUCUGGGAGGUGGUUAUGAUUCCUCUACUGGGACGUUCACCUGUAAAACACCAGGAGCGUACUACUUCAUCUUUCACAUUGUGAAGAGUGGGCAAAGUCUACGAGUGGACUUGGUUCUUAAUGAUCAAUUGGUUGUGGCCACUGCAAUAGCUGUGGACGUCCUUCAUACCGACACGGCAAGCAACAGUGCAGUCGUGCAGCUGAAAGAUGGAGACCGGGUCUAUGUCCGUCUGAACAACAGUAUCCUAAGCAAGAAACAAUUAGCAGACCGCUUAAGUACUUUCUCUGGUUACUUAGUGUGAGAGAUGUGAGGAAGACAGGAUUUUUCCUUUUUGCUUAAAACUCAUUCUUUCCUUUUGAAUGACAUUCUUUGCAUUCAGACUGUGGGUCUGAUUUUGAAUAAAGAAUGAAGACGUACGCAUCCGCAACACCUCCUCAGUCACAACCGUGUUAAAAGCCUGGUCUCACUAAAGUAAAUCACUGCUUUAAAUAAUAUUCUUUACAAGGGAUUACAAGGACAAAAUCAAACCCUGAAUUAUUGAUCUUACUUAACUCUAGUGCAAGCAGAAAAAUAUUCAACAACCUUUCACUGCUGUUGGUAAAUUGUAAAUAAAAAUAAGCUCUUCUACUUCUAAA